UGAACGGAGUGAUUGAGGUGGAGGCAGCCAGCCUGCGACAGAAAAACAUUCGAGGAUAGGUCGAGCAGUACAUGGUCAGCCCGUGAUUUAAAAAGAAAGAAAUAGGGAAACCCAAGAAUAUGUGGAUUUAAACGUCAUUUUUUGGUCGCUUUAGUCACUUACUGUUUGCUACACAGGUUUUCAUUUAGGCGUGUUGAGUGUGUCGCCCUUUGCCCAUUCUCACUGGAGUGAACACUAAGGGGGACUCCAUGAAAGAUGACAGAGGAGGUGAUUGUUGUAGCCAAGUGGGACUACACGGCCCAGCAGGACCAGGAACUUGACAUCCAUAAAAAUGAGCGUCUCUUCCUCCUGGACGACUCAAAGACCUGGUGGCGUGUUCGCAAUGCUGCCAACCAAACGGGGUAUGUGCCAUCGAAUUACGUCGAACGCAAGAACAGCCUGAAGAAAGGCUCGCUGGUGAAGAACAUCAAAGACACACUGGGUUUGGGAAAAACUAAGAGGAAGACAAGUGCCCGUGAUGCGUCCCCAACACCAAGCUCAGACACAGAGUACCCCUCCAAUGGCAGCGGGGGUGGAGGUGUGGGAGGAGGAGCUGCUGAGAGAAUCUACGACCUCAACAUCCCUGCUGUGGUCAAGUUUGCCUACAUGGCAGAGAGGGAUGAUGAGCUGACCCUGGUCAAGGGCUCCAGGGUCAUUGUGAUGGAGAAGUGUAGCGACGGCUGGUGGCGGGGCAGCCAGGCAGGCCGUGUGGGCUGGUUUCCCUCCAAUUACGUCCAGGAGGAGCUCGGAGGAGCAGAUGACAGAGGAGAGGGGGAUUCCUCACGGGGUUAUGGAGGCUCUCAAGGGACUUUGUUGGCCAAUGGGCGCGCAGGCGGCCGUGGUGGAGUGCUCCAUUUGGUUCAAACCCUCUACCCCUUCAGCUCUGUAACAGAAGAGGAGCUGAACUUUGAGAAGGGAGAGGUCAUGGAGGUGGUGGAGAAGCCUGAAAACGACCCAGAGUGGUGGAGGUGUAAGAACUCACGUGGCAUGGUGGGCCUGGUGCCCAAAAACUAUGUGAUGGUGUUGGAUGAGCGGCCUGGCCUGCCCUCCUCUACGUCGGGCUCCCCGCAGAACCGCUUUGUGGUACCGGCACGCUCAGGGAAGUUCGCUGGGAGGGACUGGUACUACGGCAACAUCACAAGACACCAGGCUGAGUGUAUACUCAAUGAGAAAGGAGAGGAGGGUGACUUCCUCAUACGAGACAGCGAGUCAUCGCCCAGUGAUUUCUCAGUGUCCCUGAAGGCAGUGGGUAAGAAUAAGCACUUUAAAGUGCAGCUGUCAGAUGGAGUGUACUGUAUCGGCCAGCGCAGGUUCAACUCCAUGGAGGAACUAGUGGAGCAUUACAAGAAAGCCCCCAUCUUUACCAGCGAACAUGGAGAGAAGCUGUACCUGGUCAAAGCGCUGCUGUGAUUCACACAUCCUCACACCUACACUGGAUCUCACACACACACACACACACACACACACACACACACAAUACUAACGCCACUCCUUAACUGUCUUAACUCAAGCCUUAGCUCUGAACCCUCUCUCUGCAGUGUCUGUACCACAUCCAGAUGCUCAAUCACUCCUCUUAAGUUUUAUCUGUCAUCUUCUAGCGGCGACCAGGUCAAACACUUUCUAGCUCUACAACCGAGCAGUCAACCCCAUGACUGUGCACUAUGACAGCGCAUACCCAGCCACUUCCUUCAUGUGCAGCACAGUGCAUAAUGAGCCUCUCUAUUCUGGAUGUGCUAAUGUGCAGUGACCACACUUGCUGCUAACAGAACGCCUGAGGCCUUGUUGGGGGUCAAGCUCUCCUCCUGAUGUCAUACAUAAUGCCCACUUACUACCACGCAUAUUGUAGGUUACACCAUUGCUCUUAAUCCGCACAGAGGAACAGACAUGUAACAGUUUAAAGAAGACUCAAACUUCUGAGGGACCUUAGUCUGGUGUUGUCCUGUCAAAUUGCUAGCCAUUGUUUUAUUUUGUUCAUUUGUUGUUGUUUUAAAUACCUGUUCCUGAGUUGACUUUUUGUUAAUUUAGAGUUAAUUUAAAUUCCUCUCUGGAGGUUUGAAUCAUUGCUCUUUCAAACAGUGACUUCACAAAGUGACCAGAAUCACUCUCUUGCCUUUUACUCUCCUCUACUUUAAUUUUCACCAUUCCUCUACAUGAUUUCUCUCCCCCAUUUGAAUUUGUGUCUGCUGUGAGUUUUUCAGAUUCCCCCUUGUUUCUGUCUCCACAGACCCAGUCAUUAUUAGUGAUGUUAUUGAAAAAUCUGGAUACAGUACUUUCUGUAAUACUUCAAAAAGGCAGUGGGGGGUGGGGGAGUGUUGAUGCAAUAGGGGAGAACUCUGAAUUCCUGUGGAGUUUGAAUGUUUAUCAAUGUAACCAAAUGUGCCACCCUGUACCCAUACUACUGGCUCCAGGUCUGCACCGCACUCUCACCAUACUUGGCAUUCAUUCAUAGCUCUAUGCUCAUGCUUUAUAUUAUGAACAUGUUCUCCAGGAUGUGUCUGUAUGUACAUGAGGAUACUGACUGAGGAAUAAUAAAAAACCUCUUUGGCAACACUUUUGAAAAAAUACACUUGGUCUGCUCCAGCUCCUGUGAAUGAACGCAGUUAGAAAAAGUACUUCUCCAGGUGUAGUAUUUGUCAAAGAUAAUUAUAUCUUGUGAUUACAGAGAAUUUUGUCUUUUACACAAAAAAUCUAUACAAUUUAGUGAUUGACUAGGACCCCAAAAGUACUAGGGAACUAGGGAACUAGGGAACUCUACAUUUAUGAAUCACACAUUUAAAAAUACUAGUUAUUAGUUUAUGAAGCCAGUCCAGCAACGCCUAUUGGCCGUUUGCUUAACCCCUCUUCUGAACAGCAACUGUCCAGCUGUAGCUGGGCUUGAAACUAGGCACAGCAGGUGCAUAGCAGUCGUAACUGAGGGAUGUGGGGCUUAACGGACGGUCAGUUCCUAAAAACUGUCAUCUUUCACUGUCAAGAAACCAAAUAUACCGUCUGGUUUAUAAUGAAAAUGAUUCUAGUCCUACCAAACAUUGUCCUGUUUAUUUUCUUUUGCUAUGUGCAUUUGUUUACCAAUGGAAGUGUUGAUCAUGGGGUCCUCAGCUUUUAUAUAUAUCUGAAUGUUAUUGAGCAUUGUUAUUUAAUUCUUGUCUCCACUGUAUGUAUAUAUUCAAAAUAAGAUGAGGUGCAUAUAUGAAUCGUUAAGAUCCAACUAUGGUACUGUAUCACCGACAACGUGAUGAGAAUUGAAACACUUUUGUUCAAUAAAAAUUUUUGAAGAAUACUAAA